AUGCCGGCCACGGCCUGGAAAGAGGUCGUCAUCGAUGGCAAGGUGAAGUUUAAGGUGCCGGCACAUCUUGAACUCAUCAAGAAGGUGGGCUCGGGGGCUUACGGCACCGUCGCCUCUUUCCAGGAUCCCAAGAGUGGCACCAAGCUGGCGGUGAAGAAGAUCACUGAUGCAUUCCACGACCUAGUGGAUGGGAAGCGCAUUCUGCGAGAGGUCAAGCUCUUGAGAAGCUUCAGGCAUGACAAUAUCAUCAGCAUCCUGGACAUGUACCCGCCAGAACAUCCUGACUUCGAUGAUAUCUACAUCGUUACUGACCUGAUGGAGACAGAUCUGCAUCGCGUCAUCUACUCGAAGCAGGUUUUGAAUGACGAGCACCACCAGUACUUCUCCUACCAAAUCCUUCGCGGAUUGCUGUACCUCCACAGUGCGAACGUGGUGCAUCGCGAUCUGAAGCCUGCAAAUAUCCUGGUGAACAAGAACUGCGACCUGAAAAUUUGCGAUUUUGGUCUCGCUCGUGGGUUGGGCAAUGACGAGGACGAUCCAACCCUGACAGACUACGUGGUCACUAGGUGGUACAGAGCUCCUGAGGUUGUCCUGCUGGCAUCAGAAUACACCAAGUCCAUCGAUGUUUGGUCGGUUGGGUGCAUUCUUUGCGAGCUGAUCGGCCGCAAGCCGAUCUUCACCGGCAAGGACCACCUGGACCAGAUCAAGAAGAUCUUAUCUGUUGUGGGCACUCCCUCGGAGGAAGACCUGACUUGGCUGCCUCCACGGAGCCCUGCCAGGAACUUCAUCAAGAAGGUUCCCCCGUGCACCAAGCAGAGCUGGAAGUCCGUCUAUCCCAAGGCGACAGAGGCUGGCAUCCAUGCCAUUGAGCGGAUGCUCACUUUCAACCCAACCAAGCGAGCGACGAUCCCAGAGUGCCUGGUUCUACCGUAUUAUGAAACGCUUCACAUGCCCGACGACGAGCCCGUGGCCGAAAAUCCGGUCGACUGGGCUUUCGACAAGUUCACUCCUACAAAGAGGUUGCUGCAAAAUUACAUUUACGCCGAGUGCUUCAAGUUUCACCCGGAGAUCCAGCAGCGGGACGCGAAGUUGCUGGACGCACGGGGCAUCACGGAGCUGCUGAAGUAG